UGGGAGAAUUUACAUUCGACAUUCUCCACCGUAAUGGCGGUCGUUUUUUGACAUUGAUAGGAUAGUUUCAUAGCUGAUUUGUGAUGCUGUGCUUCUGACAUAAGCAUGAAAGAAGUUUUACUUACGUCACAGGAUUCUUACAAUUAGACAAUUGAUGACAUGUGUAAAUUUGGAAACAACUAGGACUGUAGGACCAAGUCAGUCAGUGUUUUUGUUUUGUAAUUACAUGAUCAUUGAUAUGGAUAUGUAAAAUCCAAUAAACUGAACACAAAAACUAAAUUGACGUGAGGCAGAAUACUGAUGUAACUGUGGAUGUAACCUCUAAGAUUAAAUGGUAGAACAGAACUACUUGUACCUGUUUCUUGUACUUCUGAAUGUUUUGGAGUUUUUCCACAGCACAGCCGAUUUUGCUCUUGUAAUGACUACAGCUAUCUGAAAGAAAACAUGGUAUUAUUUAUUGACAACAUAAAACAGGAGGAGGAAAGGCAUCCAACAAGCACCAAAGCUCUAUUCAACUUAUUUCCCUCAUAUAAAAAAAAUGGCACAAAAUUUUCUGAAAUGCCUAAUAUAUUGGUGGAUAAUAAGGGAAGCCUCUAUGUUAUGGCCCGAGAGUAUGCUGUUGUAACACCCAAAAAUCAUAGAGUGAUUAUUCUGGGCUCAGAUGAGGCGACUACUUGUAUUAUUCUUAUUGUACGAGAUUGCAAUACUGGUGCUACAGGGCUAGCACAUUUAGACAAUGUAGGUCUCAUAGAACAGCAUAUUAAGGAGAUUAUGAAUAGUCUACAGCGUUUAUCAGAAGAAUGUUCACAAAAUAAGUACAGUAUAUAUUUGGUGGGUGGGUACUCGGAUCCAAGAGGCUUAUCAGAAGAGAUAUUUGUAGGAAUACUAGAAACCUUACAAAAAGUGCAUCAAGAAAUGCAUUUACAGCUGGCUUGUAUUGGAGAUGCUAACACUGUUCUGAAAGAUGAUAAACCUUGGCCAAAGGUAUAUGGUGCUGCUGUUAAUAUUGAUACAGGUGAAGUUUUUCCAUCUACGUUUGCAGAAAAAGGCCCAGAUGAAAUAUUGAGAGGAGUAAAAAUUUUAGUAGGCAGCUCUAAUAUUAUGAAUAUUUAUGAGAACAGUUCUGGUAUGGUUAAAAUAGGUCCAUUUUUUUAUAAAAUGCCUCGAGGUAUUGAGCAUUGGCUAGAAGAAACUGAUGAAGCAAUUUUACGAAAGUCAUCCACCUCCCCUGACGUAGAGCCAUCUUGCUUUGUACCAAAUAUCAAAAAAGCAAUUCAAUUCAUGAUUGAGAAUCCAAGAAGUAUACAUGUUUUCAAGGAGAAUAAGCCUCAUUAUUUCUCUCGAGAUGAGACCAGUGGAUUAUGGGUACCAGCAAAUGUCUAAAAAUGUUUAUUAAAGAUGUUCAGUAUUAUAUAACACCUAAAUAAAUCUGAACGACAGAAUCCAAAAGAGGCAGUCGUUAAACGUUUUUUCAAAGGGAGCAUAGCUCCGAAAUAUUUCGACAGUUUCAUCGAGAAUUGUAUAAUAAUUGUAUCAGUCAAUCAAAACAUACUUUGUUGCCCAAGAAUACGAUAUUCUUAUUGACAAAAGUAGUAAAUAAGAUACUAAACAAAGUACAUAGUCACAAGCAACAUAUAUAACAUGAAAUAAAAUAAAACAAAAUAGACAAUAAUUCAACAUGCAAAUAGAAUCACAGUAUUCUUACAGGCCAUGAUGAGCUUUUUAUGCAUCUAGUGGUGAUCUUGGAUUUGGCGUUGACAUUCACCUUAGAGGUCAUUUCAA